AUGAAAGUGCCAAAAAUCAACAAUCUAGAAAGAAUUUUAAGACCAAAUGAUGUACCAGGAACUUUGCUAAAUAUGACAUUAUUUAAUAUUGGAAGUGAAGAUCCUAAUCUUAGGCUGGCUGCAUAUAAUUUGCUGGUCUCUCUAAGUAAUGUAUUUAAUUUUGAUGUAGGAAAUCAAUUAUUGGCUACAAAAGGUUUAUGUAUUCCAGCAAAUAAUACAAAUUUUAUAGUUGGGAUAAGUGAAAAACUUGCUGCUUCAGAAAGUCGACUUACUCUUGAUUUUCUAAGGGAAUUUUUUGUUGGGUUCAACAAGUCAAAUACACCAACAAAACAUUUAUGUCUUCAAUAUAUGGCUCCUUGGUUGUUAAAUUUGGGUCAAUUUAUUAAAAAUCCAUCAGGAAAUCCGCAAACAAACAAUAAAACAAGAGACAUAAUCCGAAAACUGAUUGAUCUGACAGCAAGAGAAAUUGAUUUAUACACUACCGUUCAGUCUAAAAUUUGGAGUACUUUGGCCAAUGUAAAUGAAAUCACAAAUUUAAUAAUCGAUGAAUUUUUACUGUAUGCUGUUGAACAUGGUAUAAAUUCUACACAAUCUGAAACUGUAGCCAACACCAUAGUAACUUUAUCUUCACCAAGCAUCCGUGGAAAAAUAAUAGCCAGAUUGAGAAAGGUUAUUUCAAGAACUUCUUUAAAAGCAACAAAAACUCUUACUGAUAAUCCUGAAUGGCCUGAAAUCGCAGUUUUGGUCCGGUUUAAUUUAAUGUUAUCAUUUAAUAAUGGAAAUAUUCACCAAUAUCUGCCUGAAUUAUUUUAUAUUGUUUCAGUUUUGGUAGCAACUGGCCCUCCGAUUAUAAGGGCAUCAGUUCAUGGACUUAUUGUAAAUUUAGUUCAAUCAUUAUGUACAUCAAUGCCAUUAGAAGAUUCCAAUAUGAAAAAACUUGGUUUAUUAUUGAAUGAAUUAUCUGAACCUAACUACCGUUACUUUUUUGGGCUAAACAAUGUAUUUGGAAAUGCUUUUAUGAUUUCUCCAGAAUCUAUUAAUGAUAUAUCAGACAGUAUGCCUUUAGCAUCAUUAGAAAAGAUUGUUCAAGCACUUUUGGACGUGAUGGUAUGUGGCUCCGCUUCAGUUGACAUGUCAAAUACAUGGAGAGCACGUUGGAUGGGGCUUGUUGCAAGUACAGCUUUUCAACAUAAUCCAGCAAUACAACCUAGAGCAUUUGUAACAUUAGGAUGUUUAGCACGUGAAGAAGUUGAUGAUGAUCUUUUAUAUCAAAUCUUAGUAGCAUUAAGAGGAGCGUUGUCAAUGUUUACAGAAAAUGAUUGUUUGCUUAUAAUAAGCAUUGUUAUGUGUCUUACAAACAUUGUAGAAAACCUACCACCAGGUUCACGUUAUUUGUUACCAUUAUUUUGGCUAGCCAUUUCACUAGUUCAAAUUGGUCAUGUUCCAAUAUUUCCAAGUGCAAUAUCACUAUUACAAGAAGUUUUACGAACUUUAGACAACAAUAAUGUCUUUGAAAAUAAAGAUAUUUCUGAAAUACUUUUAAAUGCUAGAAUUCCAUUGGAAGAAAUUGGCGUUAAAAUGGACAGUGAAGCAGGGUUAAAUUUCGAAUAUUUUUCAUUCGCGAUUGCAGCUACACUACUUAAAGGAUUGAAAAAUCCAGUCACGAAAACUGGCACUCAAAGUUUAUUAACGUCAUUUUUAAAUAUAGCAUCUAGAGUUGGGAAUAAACGUCGAGAUGAUAUUAUAGAUGCCAACAUGCUAGGUUAUCUUGCAGCAUUGUUACCGGUAUCGGCCAAGAAUCAGGAUAUGAAAGAAUUGUUAUGGCUUUGUGGAAUUGGUGAUAACGAGAUUGAUAAUUCCGAAUUAACAACCACCUAUUUUAAAAUCUAUGAUAAAUUGGACAUUCCAAAUAACGAGGCUGCUUUCCUAUUAAUUUCAUUGAUGAUAGCAAUUUUAAAUAAUGCAGAAAAUGAAUCUGAAAAAUUGUUUCUUUAUGGAUUUUUGGCUGAGGCUGCUAAAGCACUACCUGGUGUUUUUUCAUUAGUAUAUGACAGUUUGCUUCCAAAGAUGACACAUAUAAUAAACAAUUGUGAGACGAUACCGAUUCUUGAUUCAGUUCAAUCCAUUCUUUACACAAUUGUAUCAUCGGAAACUAAAUUUUCGUCAAAGGGUAAUAAAAAACAAAUGUCAUCGUAUCUUGAUAAUCUUGGAUUUUCAAAUUUGAUGGAAUGCGGUUCAUUUCAAGAUAUUACCAAAGAAAAAUUGAAAACAAAUGCGUUAUUAGCAAGUGAUUUGAAUAAUGAUUUCAGUGAACAAAUCAGGUUGGUAAAUGCCAUCAAAGGGCCGUUGAAUGUUGCUUUGAUAGAGAUAGAAAUUUGGGUUUUAAGAGAAGAAGACGAACAUCAUCAAGUCAAAGAAAUACAAAAUCUAUCAGAUUUACCAUUAUAUAAUCUACCACAACAAAAGAUUUUUAUAGCUGCAAAUUUCUAUAAUAAUGAAGAUAUAUUAUAUGAUUUCAAUGAAGAAUUAUUAAAAUUGAUACAAAUAUUAAAACCAGAGAAUGUUUAUGUGUCAAUAUUUGAAAAUGGUAGCAAAGACAAAACAAAGUCACUUCUUUACACUCUUCAAUCCUCUCUUAACCUUUUAGGUGUGGCAAAUACAAUAAUUACUGAUGAUAAUUCCAAACGUUACGAUAGAAGAAUUACUUAUAUGGCUAAUUUAAGAAAUGAAAUCAUAUAUUUUAAUGAUAUAUUAUGGUCAGUGUCAGAUAUUUUAACACUGUUAGAAACAAACAAUUAUAAUUAUGAUGCUGUAUGUGCCAUGGACUACUAUUGGACCUUCCAUAAUACUUUUGCCACACGUGAACUACCUCUUCGUUUUUCCUACUCUUCCGAACCAUCAUCGCUAAAUGUAAGUGACAGUUAUCCUUGGCCUCCGACCUCUUACUAUCCAUACUUCUAUAACCCUACUGUUCAACAACAGAUCUAUAAUGGUGAGCCAGUACAAGUGUUCAGUUGUUGGAAUGGUGUGGUAGUCAUGAAUGCUGAACCUUUUGUGAAACAUAAUGUAAGGUUUCGUGCCUUGAUGCCAUUACUUGAAGAAGGUUUACCAUUUGAGGCAAGUGAAUGUUGUUUGGUGUAUAGUGAUUUUAGAAAAUUGGGUUACAAUAAGAUAUUUAUCAAUCCAAAUGUUAGGGUUUCUUAUAAAUAUCGAUUUUAUAUUUGGUCCAAUUACAUCCUACCAAUCAUAAACAAACUGUUUUUCCAAUACUUAAAUCAUCCAACUCCGCCGUCAAUAUUCUCUGAUGAGGGAUUAAAAAUGCAAGACAUCAUGGUGAACGUAGCAAAGUAUAACAUAUCAGAAUUAGAUAAAAUUUGUUUACAAUAA